AUGAGUGAAUCGAGAGGCGAAUCAAGGGAUGAGUUAGGAGGCGAACCAAGGGAUGAGUUAGGAGGCGAACCAAGGGAUGAGUUAGGGGACGAACCAAGAAAUGAGUUAGGAGGCGAACCAAGGGAUGAGUUAGGAGGCAAACCAAGGGAUGAGUUAGAAGGCAAACCAAGGGAUGAGUUAGGAGGCGAACCAAGGGAUGAGUUAGGAGGCGAACCAAGGGAUGAGUUAGGAGGCAAACCAAGGGAUGAGUUAGGAGGCGAACCAAGGGAUGAGUUAGGAGGUGAACCAAGGGAUGAGUUAGGAUGCGAACCAAGGGAUGAGUUAGGAGGCAAACCAAGGGAUGAGUUAGGGGGCGAACCAAGGGAUGAGUUAGGAGGUGAACCAAGGGAUGACUUAGGAGGCGAACCAAGGGAUGAGUUAGGAUGCGAACCAAGGGAUGAGUUAGGAGGCAAACCAAGGGAUGAGUUAGGAGGCGAACCAAGGGAUGAGUUAGGAGGCGAACCAAGGGAUGAGUUAGGGGGCGAACCAAGGGAUGAGUUAGGAGGCAAACCAAGGGAUGAGUUAGGGGGCGAACCAAGGGAUGAGUUAGGAGGUGAACCAAGGGAUGACUUAGGGGGCGAACCAAGGGAUGAGUUUGGAGGCGAACCAAGGGAUGAGUUAGGAGGUGAACCAAGGGAUGAGUUAGGGGGCGAACCAAGGGAUGAGUUAGGAGGCGAACCAAGGGAUGAGUUAGGAGGCGAACCAAGGGAUGAGUUAGGAGGCGAACCAAGGGAUGACUUAGGAGGCGAACCAAGGGAUGAGUUAGGAGGUGAACCAAGGGAUGACUUAGGGGGAGGACCAAGGGAUGAGUUAGGAGGCAAAUCAAGGGGGUGA